UUUUCGAUGCAAUAUUCGUAUUCAGCGACCUCAAAAAUCCCAAGAUAUGUAAUAAAUUUCACCUAUUUCCAUAACGAAUUUUUAUAAAACACCAGGACAUGACGUAGAUAUCGGGCACCAAGUACAUUGUACAGCAUCGUUAAAGCAAUAUUGGUGUUCAGCGACCUCAAAACCCACGGUAUUACAAGUUUCAACGAUUUUCAUAGUGAAUUUCCAUAAUACUCCAGGAGACGACGUACAUGCCGGGAUACCGGGCACCAGGUACCUCUUACAGCUUCGCCUGCCCGAUAUUCCUGUUCAGAGACCCCAAAAACCGCCGAAUGGUUAGAGAAAUUUACUCCAGUAAUUCGUCACAUAGAUGAAGACGAAUUGUGGAUGUAUCGCUAUCCCUCUGUUGAUAGUUAUUUUCCCAGAAGAUAUUUGUAUGCUACCAUGAUUUUCGUCCCAUCUGUUAUAUACUCAGGGCACUAUAUAUUAUAUAGAAAAGCCCGAGAGACGAUUCCAGAAAUAAUCUGUAGUGUUUAUGGUUUGACAUUAGGAUAUUGUAUUGAUGCUUUGUUGACUGCUGUACUAAAAUUAAGUGUCGGCAGACCAAGGCCUAAUUUUUAUUUCAGAUGUUUUCCCGAAGGGUAUGGCACUGAUAUAGAUAAUUGCGAGGGCGAAUAUCACGGACAAAUGGACGGAAGGAAAAGUUUUCCCAGUGCACAUGCUACUUUUAUUUUUACUUGUAUGGUGUAUAUGAUACUUCAUAUCCAUAACCGAAUCGAUUUAAAGAAACCUAUAUUUUUGAAAGGAAUUGUUAUCACGUUAAAUAGUGUAUUAUUGAUAGUAGCGUUGCUAGUGGCAGCUAGUAGAACUGCUGAUUAUCAUCAUCACUAUUCAGAUGUUCUUGGGGGUGCUAUGAUUGGUUCCGGCGUUGCUUAUGUUAUUCACACUCUUUACGCUACAGCAGAUGAAGCGUUACAAGAAAAUAUUUUAAAAAUUGUGCGAAGAGAGAAACAAGAGUAAAAAAUAAUGUACAGUAUUUUAUUUAAAAAUAAUAAAAAGGAUUAACAAACAA